AUGAGCGCAACAACGACCGAAAAUCCCGUCAAUGAUGACGCAUCGUGGAAAUCGAAUCUGAAGCUUCCUCCAAAAGACAAUCGAGUGAAAACAGCUGAUGUGACAAACACAAAAGGAGUCGAGUUUGAGGAUUUCUGCCUAAGUCGAGAUUUGCUUAUGGGUAUCUUUGAGAAGGGAUGGGAAAAGCCUUCACCGAUUCAAGAAGCUUCUAUUGCAAUUGCACUCUCAGGUCAAGACAUUCUUGCGCGAGCAAAAAAUGGAACAGGAAAGACAGGCGCUUACUGCAUUCCAGUCAUCGAGAAGAUUGACCCAAAUUUGAAAAAAAUCCAAACUUUGAUUAUUGUGCCCACUCGUGAAUUAGCCCUUCAGACAUCGCAAAUUUGUGUCGAGCUCAGCAAGCAUAUCAAACUCAAGGUGAUGGUCACAACUGGAGGUACAGAUCUUCGUGAUGAUAUUAUGCGUCUUAAUGGAGUUGUUCAUCUUGUAAUUGCUACUCCUGGACGUAUUCUCGAUCUCAUGGAGAAAGGUGUUGCUGAUGUGACAAGCUGCAAGACUCUGGUGCUCGAUGAAGCUGAUAAGCUUCUUUCACAAGAUUUCCAGGGUGUUCUUGACCGUUUGAUUGCCUAUCUGCCCAAGCAACCUCAAAUCAUGCUCUAUUCGGCAACAUUCCCAAUCACAGUCACCGAGUUCAUGAGCAAGCACAUGCGAAAACCUUAUGAGAUCAAUCUGAUGGAGGAACUCACUCUUCUUGGUGUUACUCAAUAUUAUGCCUAUGUGCAAGAAAAGCAAAAAGUUCAUUGUCUGAACACGCUUUUCAGAAAGCUUCAAAUCAACCAAUCAAUCAUUUUCUGCAACUCGACUCAACGUGUUGAACUGCUUGCCAAAAAGAUUACCGAGAUUGGAUACUCAUGCUACUACAUUCACUCACGAAUGGCCCAAAACCAUCGUAAUCGUGUAUUCCACGAUUUUCGUCAAGGAAAUUGUCGCAAUCUCGUGUGCUCGGACCUUCUCACUCGUGGUAUCGACAUUCAGGCCGUCAACGUGGUGAUCAACUUUGAUUUCCCGCGAAAUGCUGAGACAUAUCUUCAUCGUAUCGGACGAUCUGGUCGAUUUGGUCAUUUGGGAGUUGCAAUCAAUUUGAUCACCUACGAGGACCGGCACACUCUCCGAAGAAUUGAGGCCGAGCUGCGCACUCGAAUCGAGCCAAUUCCUAAAGCUGUGGAUCCUCGUCUUUAUGUGGCUGAGCAUCAAAUGGACGAUCCAGUCGAAGCUGAAUCUGCUCAGCCUCGU